AACGCCAGAGAAAUCGCCUAAAGAAGUGUUCAAAUUCAAAAUCAUGGCUCUUGUUAUUGGGAAGAUGGCUGGAUUGUAUCACUAUUUAAAUGAUGAGUUAGGCGAUCCUCGAGUUGUGGAUUACCCGAUGAUGAAAAAUCCACUAAUGCUAUUGAUAUUGGUUGCAGUGUACUUGUAUUUUGUGCUUAAGUGGGGCCCAAAAUUUAUGGAGAAGCGAAAGCCCUUUAAUCUUGAGCGAAUACUUAUUGUAUUCAACGUGAUACAAAUUGUGGUUUGCUCUUACAUUUUCAUCUCAGGCUUUUGUGCUGUUAAUUCAAUUGAGCACAAUUGGCUUUGUCAACCAGUGGAUUACACCAGAUCACCAUCUGCAUUGCGUAUAUUGAUUCUUACUUACUACUAUUUCCUGACAAAGAUUCUUGAUCUUUUGGACACGGUGUUCUUCGUUCUACGCAAAAAGGAUUCACAAGUGACUUUCCUGCAUGUCUAUCAUCAUGCAGGGAUGCUUGUUUGUGCCUGGGUGGCUGUGAAAUAUGUCGGAGGAGGACACAAUGUUACACUUGGAUUGGUCAAUACGUUUGUUCAUAUCGCCAUGUACUCAUAUUACUUGCUGGCUGCUCUCAACUCCAAGUACAAGAACAAUAUUUGGUGGAAGAAGCACAUCACUCAAUUGCAAUUGAUCCAGUUUUUCAUUCUCUUCGUGCAUUACUUACUACUCUUCCUUAUUGACUGUGGAUUUCCAAAGUUCAUUGGGUACUUUAUUACACCUCAGAAUGCUUUUAUGUUGGCCAUGUUUGGUGACUUCUACUACAAGGCAUAUAUCAGCCCACUAAAAUCGACCUCAAAGGUCAUGAUCACGCCAAAAAGGAAACAACCAGUCAAUGGGCAUUUGGAUACGUAUCUCGAUAACAUGACUGCGACUUUUGGCGCCGAAGAUACCAGUGAAAUCGCAGAAGAUCGUAGAAAGAAUCAAUGAAAUAUCAUCAUGUGAAAGUACAAUAAAUUGGGAAAUAUUUGACCUCCCAAUUCGGCACUCUCUAUUCCAUUAAUACACAUUAUAUUGCGAUCAAUUACCAAUUCUAAUUAUCCCCUUGUGUACAACUCUUUAACUAUGCGAGUCAGUAUGGAAUAAAUAAGUGGUGAACAAAGUAU